UUAGGUGCCAUUGAUGAUCUCAGUUAUCGAGCAGAACAGUCCAUUGUUGCCCUCAUGGCUGUGAAACAACAGCUAAUCAGCUCACUGGUGUUGUGUUACCUGAUUCAAUAUGUUGCAUGUUUCUGCAAUGUCACCUGCACCACAGACUACAGUACAUCCCUGAACUGUUCCUGCUCAGGCACAGUGCCCUCGUCUCCCAUUCUCCUUGAGGCAGAGUGCAGAGAUUCUGAAGACCAAGUGAAUGAUAGCUGUGAAAUAACACCCUCACAAAGCUGGUGUAUAAUACAACCAGAAGAUUUUUUCAUGUUAAUAUCCACUGACACUACUUGCACUGCAAGAGUAAAACACACAGGAAAUGAAGACAAAAUGAAAACGGAUGACUCAACUGACUGGAAAUUGUAUAAAUUAGUGAAGCCGCAGCAUCCAGUCUAUGUACAAGUGACAGAGAACAUUGACAGCUACAACAUCACUUGGCAGAUGGAUGAAAACAUUUACCUUGAUAAAUUCUUAAUGUACAGGGUGCGGAUUACAACACAUAACUAUUUAAAGGAUCCAGUCUAUUACCCUGUAAGAGAAGACCAGAAGUACCUAGUGCUAAACAGCCUUCAACUGCAACCAGGAACUGAGUAUGUGGCAAAUGUUCAGGCCUCAGUGAACCCUGUGUGUAACUACCAAGGUCCCUGGAGUGAAUGGAGCUCCACCGUAGAAUGGAGGACUACAGAAGGGAAUGCUAAGUUAGGGUGUCAGUGGCCCGUUUUACUGACCAUUCUCCUCUGUUUGAUCCUGUGCUGCCUCUUUAAAAUAUUGUGGCUGAAGAGGCUACACUUGAUGAACUAUUCCCCAAGCCCAGAGGACUUUUUCAAACCUCUCUACCACACAUAUGGAGGGGAUUUUAAGGUAAAAAUACAGGCAAAAAAAAACUAAUUGUGUCUGUGGGACUUGUUCUAAACCCCUCCAGCAGGUGUUACCUAUAGGGGGAACUUCAGCAUGGCCAGCAAUGGGACUUUCUCAUAAUCAAA